AUGUACGGAGUAGUGCCAGAUAGAGUAAGUGGUUCGGAGGAUAGGACGAUUUACUUAUUUGCCGUUGAUUUGGGGGCCGAAAAACCUGGCGGGAGUUUGUCUGACUCCAUGUCUAGUCUACUGGUAGAUAUUAUAGCACAAAACAUAAGUGCCCCGAAACGCCCACAACCUACCCCCCCGGCCUAA